AUGCAAAAAUACAACUUUGCGGGUUUGAAACUUUUAGUUAUGAAAAGCAGCGAAAUCUCGGAAGAUGGCAAAAAAGAUGCGGGCAUUCUGACUCUUUCUCUCAGCCGUCCCAAGGCCAAAAACGCGCUUUCCCGUAGUCUGGUCAGGGACUUCCGCCGCGCUCUGGAUGAGGUCCGCAACGACAAAGGCACGCGUGUUGUAAUUCUGCGGAGCACAGUUCCCGGCGUCUUUUGCGCCGGCGCCGACCUCAAGGAGAGGGCGACCAUGUCGCCAACCGAGGUCGAGCAGUUUCUUUACAGCAUGAAGACAGCGUUUAAAGAGCUCGAGGCGCUUCCCCAGCCAACGAUUGCAGCGCUGGAUGGGGCGGCGCUGGGCGGAGGGCUCGAGCUCUCCCUGUGCUGCGAUCUGCGUGUAGCCGGCCCGCGGGCAAUCUUGGGACUUCCGGAGACGUCGCUGGCCAUUAUCCCUGGCGCUGGCGGCACGUUGCGGCUGACCAAGCUUAUCGGGGCGUCGCAGACCAAGGCUUUGGUGUUUACAGCCCGCCGGCUUGGGCCUUACCCUGCGUUCUCAAUGGGCAUCAUCAACGAUGUGGUCGAGGCAGCCGAGUGUAUGGACGAGAAAAGCACAGGCGACCAAGAUCUCGGCUACGAGCGUGCGCUCGAGUGGGCCCGCGAGAUUAUUCCUAAUGGACCGGUUGCUGUGCGCAUGGCUAAGCGUGCCAUUAACCACGCCGCCUCGGCGGACCCAGCAUCUGGACUCGAGAUUGAGCAGCUGUGCUACGCCCAGGUUAUACCCACCGAAGACCGGCUGGAGGGCCUGCGUGCUUUCAAGGAAAAGCGUAAGCCCGUGUACAAGGGUGCUAAAAAUGGACUUAAAGCGCUCACGUGA